AUGAGCCUUUUUUGCUGGGUAUUAUUAGUGGCGAUCUCACUAUAUUCUGCUGAUGCCUACAAAUUCCUGGUCUUCUCUCCCAUAUACGGUUACUCGCACACUAACUUCAUGGGCACCCUUGCUGAUACCCUAACGGAAGCUGGACAUGACGUGACCGUAUUGAUGCCAAUAUUGGAUGAGGAACAGAAAAAUAAAACUGGAGUGAAGUUAACCAAAAAAGUCAUAAAAACCCCACCGGAUCCGCGUAAUCACGUCAUGGCACAACACAAGAAUGAUAUAUUGGGCAAAAUGUGGACAUUGGAACCAUCCAUUUUCGGAGUUCUUCAGAUGUCAAAGAACAUGACAACAAUCUACGUCAAUCAGUGCGAAGGAAUCUUCGAGGUCCUAAAAAUUCCGGCUUCGAUCGCCACAAGGGCUUCUGCGCAUUCGGACAGCAUUUCAAAAGGCAUCGGUGAACCAGUGGUUCCUAGCUAUGUACCUGGUGAGAUAAUUCCCGACUGA